AUGAGAAACCACACUGCAAUAACCACAUUCAUCCUUCUGGGACUAACAGAUGACCCUCAACUGCAGAUUCUGAUCUUUAUAUUUUUACUUAUCACCUACAUGCUAAGUGUUGUUGGAAACCUGACCAUCAUCAUCCUCACAUUAGUGGAUUCUCACCUUAAAACUGCCAUGUACUUUUUUCUCCAAAACUUUGCCUUCUUAGAAAUCUCUUUCACUUCUGCCUGUAUUCCUCGGUUCUUGUACAGUCUGGCCACAGGUGACAGGACCAUUACCUAUAAUGCUUGUGUAUGCCAACUAUUUUUUACAGAUGUCUUCGGAAUUAUAGAAUUUUUCCUCCUGGCUACCAUGUCCUAUGAUCGCUAUGUAGCGAUCUGUAAACCUCUUCAUUACAUGACCAUCAUGAACCAUGAAGUUUGUAAAAGGCUUGUCUUGUGCUGUUGGGUAAUAACUUUGUUGAUUUUAAUCCCACCUCUUUGCUUGGCACUGGAACUGGAGUUCUGUGACUCUAAUACCCUUGACCACUUUCUCUGUGAUGCUAAUCCUAUCCUGAACAUCUCAUGCUCAGAUACAUGGCUCUUAGAGCAGUUGGUCAUUGUCUGUUCUGUGUUGAUCUUCAUCAUGACUCUUGUGUGUGUGGUAUUAUCCUAUAUGUUUAUCAUCAGAACAAUUUUAAGGUUCCCUUCUGCCCAGCAAAGAAUAAAAGCCUUUUCUACCUGUUCAUCUCACAUGAUAGUGGUUUCUAUUACCUAUGGCAGCUGCAUCUUUAUGUAUACUAAACCUUCAGCAAAAGAUGAAUUGGCUGUUAAUAAAGGAGUAGGUAUACUCAUUACUUCUGUUUCCCCCAUGUUAAACCCAUUUAUUUACACUCUGAGGAAUCAUCAAGUGAAACAAGCUUGUAAUGACUUAAUCAAGAGAAUUAUAUUUUUCUCAAAGAAGUAG